AUGGAGUCGACGAUUGCGCGGGCUUUUGAGUUCGUCGAGGACUCGCAGUCCGAGGACGACGACGCCGGCUACUACGGCUUCCGCCCGCCGACGCCAGCUCCAGAAGCACCUGCCGCUCCAGCUCCAGCAGCACCCGACGCUCCAGCUCCGGCGACCGAAGCACCGGCGACCGACGCUGCCCACGACGAGGACGAGGUCGGCGACGAGGAUGGGUUCAAGGUCGGCGACCUCGUCGAGGUCGAGACGCGAACGUGGCCAGGCAUCAACAAGAUCGGCGGCGCAGCGCGGGUCAUUAGCGUGUACAGCGACGGCGGCGACACGUUUGUGGACGUGCGCUACUUCCUCGGCGGCAGCGAGAAGCGCGUCGACGUUGCAUACGUGCAGCCGUCCGACAUCCACCAGAAGCGCGCGCGCCAGCGCUACUCGCGCGUCUUCUUCCACGACGAGUUUGCGGACGAGUAUGGCCGCAAGCGCCGGGCCGACCUCGACGCAACGGCGGAGCUACUACCCAAGCCCAAGCGAUCGAGAAAGGACGGACCACCUCGGCCCGCCCCGGAGCACCUGCGAACGCGCAUCCUCGACGACGACGAGGGCAGUAGCAGCGCUGAAGACGACGUGUUCGUGCCCAGUCUGCCUCGACUUCAGCCACCAGAGACGCCGGCAAUCCCUCGACCAAUCGCCAUGCCAAAACGGGCACCCCUGAACGAAGACUUCUUCAUCACCACGGGCGACUCGGAUGACGACGAGCGCCAUGACGUGACCAAGGACGUGACGCAGGCCAUCAUGAGCUCGUCACCAGUCGCCAAGUACGAUGCGGACCAACCUACGGAGGUUGAAAGUGACUACGACUUUCAGGGUGGGUCAUGGAGCCCGGUGACGCACGACGACGAGCCACAGGACGCACCGCAGCCCCGUGUUCGGCGACAGAAGCGCGCCAAGAAGCGGCGGUACGUCGGCGGGUACCUCGAGGAAGCCGACAACUUUAUUCAACCCGAAGACAACGCAAUGGAGCUUCCGGACGACGUGCGCAAAGAUACGGGGUUUCGCCUCGGGAAAACGUCCAAGGACCUUCUGCACCAGUAUGCAGUGCACACGGAGCAGUUCCAACUCGUGCUCGCCGAGUUUGGCCGCGCCAAAGAGAGUCUCGUCGGCAGCUCGUUGGCGCCACUCGCACUCUACGACAAGGUUCUCGAACUCGAAGCGCUGCACGCGCUCUCGAUCAUCCGGGAAGAAGAUAUUUUGGAUGCGAUUCUGCGCAAAUUAGACGCCAAGGGCAAGUCCAUCAAACCCGUCGAGAACCUCCAGCACGAUCAGCGGAAAGAGCAAGUAAACGCGUUUGCAAGCUGGCUGCGCCAGCUGCGCGACACGACACUGCAGCGACUGCACCGAGACGGGCUGUCGGUGCCAUCGCAGAUGCCGCCGCCACCGACAAAGAAGCGUCAAGCGAGUCCAAGCGACAGUAGCAGCAGCAGCGACGACGACGACUACUACAAGGCGCCGUCGACCGAGACCGCAAUUCCGGCGUUCAUCGAGCAGUUCCACACAACGCGACCGGCACGCCCCCGCGCCUCGGUCGCAGUGCCGUCCACCCGGCCCAAGCGCCAUGACAAGACCAAACCCAUCACGAAACAACAAGCAAAGCCGGCAACGACGCCGUUGCUAUGGGACGACGUGUACCACGCACCGCCGCACCGAGAGCAGUCAGCGCUGCCGUGGUUCUUCGAGCCCGCACCUAAUGACAACGACGUGGGAUACGACGACACGGACGACCGAUGUGAUGCGCCGACCGUGUUUGUGCCCCGGACGCUCAACAGACGUACGAUUCCGGCAGCUGUGCUCGAGUCGACAACGUGGGACUGGAAGGCGCUCGUCAAACCGACGCGCCGGUCUGCGCCGGCGCCCUCCCGCUCGGUAGCCCCAGCCACGAUCGCGCCAGCGCCCAAGCCGCCCAAGCGGUCCCGAUCCCGCAACGUGUUUGAAGCGCUCUGGCGACAUCGGCAGGAGCGAUCGCGGCCGCUCAUUCCGUUUUUCCCACCGAAAAAGUCUGUGUCGGCGUCCCGACGCCAGCCCGAAGCGCUACCCACCGCGUCGCCACCGGUUGCGGACGAGCCAUCCGUGACACCAGAUGUCUGUGUCUUGGACUAUGUCUCUGACGCGCUGCCAACGCUACUUGUGUACUCGGCCGACGUUUUUGCGCGUAUUGAAGCCCGCACCAUGAUGACACCACAUCUGUCGCCCUCUCUCUUUCAUGAGGAUGCGCCGAUUGGUGCCGUGCUGCAGCGGGCCUUUCGGUCAUUGCGGCAUCGUCUCUGCGACCUCCAGACCGCCGAAGCAAUGUGGCUGGAGCAAACCACGCAGUCGCACACGUUGUCGGACGAGGAGCUGGCACGGGACGAAGCCGCCUUGGUGGCACAAGCGGCCGAUUGCAGUCACUUGCUCGCGAGCCUUGCCUCGUACCUCGCUGAGCUUCGCCUGACGACGACCUGCCUUCCGCAUGUCGCCACACUGCUCCAGACGACGCCGGCAUAUUACUACUACUUGGAGCUCACCGAAGCAGCGUCGACGCCACUCUUGUCGGCACUAACGAGCGUGCACGCGCACUGUGUGUCACUCGUGCCUGGCAAACAAACGCAGCAAGCCGCCGCGCUCUUCCUUCUCGAGAUGCACUUGCAUGUCCCGCACCUCUUAAACACGGGCGCGGACGGCUACGACGCGCUUUGGCUCCAGCUCAUGCGUCUACACGGUGUCGAAUUCUGGGCGUUUUUUACCGAGCUAUUACCGCACCUUCGCAAAGUCAUCGCAGCCACGUUCGUCGCGGAGGCAUCCACGAGCCUGGACAUGCUGCUUCGUGAGCUCGUGUGGGACACGACCGUCGCAUUGGCCCCGCUCUUCGCCCUUGCCGUGCCAACGAUUGAAACGCUACACCACUGGGCGCUUGUCGGGUACCUCCUUGCGUCCAUGGACGCGCUGCCAUGCUCGCCGCGCUUUGACGCUACCAAGUACGACUACCCAUUGGACAAGGUCGAGCGCUAUCGCGUGCGCGUGCUCCAGCGGCUCUUGCUCUUGUCGUCGAUCUGGACGCCCAACCAUCUGCCCAUUGUGACGAUUGUGUUGAGUUUGAGCCAAGGCGCAUCGAGCCACCCGGGACAGUGCUCGUGCGUUGCGUCGACCAGCCAUGCGUGCAACGACGGCGACUGCCCGUGUCUGCGCAAGCACGUUGCGUGCACAUGCUCCAUGCCGCAGUUUUGCAGUUGCCGCUUUCCUCGCUUCCUCAUCGAGCUCGCGACGGACGGGACGACCAACCUCGUCGAUGCCAUCGACCAGUGCUCGUCCGUCGAGCUCAUGGGCCGCGUCAUCGCGAUGCAACUGCGUCAAUUGGACAAAACUGUCCAGCGCAAUCGCUUCCGGCAUCCAAUUCUGACGAUCCUCAAGCCCGCAGCCGUCACUCCGACCGCCAAAUGGAACUGGUCGGGCAUGACCGCUGCCUCCAGCAAACCGAGUGCGGUCGUCGCGGCACCUGCGACGGCGGCGACGGCCCAAACCAACGCGAGCACGCGGCGACAAGCCAAGCCGCUCGCUGCGUGGCUCGACGACCGAGCAACGGCCCUCACGCAGUGCACGGUCUUCCUCUCCAUGGCGCUGAGCACGUUGACGUCGCAAACGGAGCCGAAAGCGCUCAAGCGGGACGUGGGCUACUACGCCAAGGAAAUCUUCCGUUUUUGCAACAAUGAACUCGAGUACGACAGCCUCGCGCUGCACGCGCUCUGGCUCUUGGCGCGCGGUCUCGUCUCGGUCGCUCGGCAGUGCUUGCCGUCGCUCGUGACGUCGAUGAGCGACCUCCUCACAGACAUGGUCAAGCGGCUUCAGGACGAGCUUGGUCGACCAAAAACGACGAUCGACACGCGCGUCGUGUCGCCACUCGUGGUGCUGCAAGCCAACAUUGCUUUGACGUUGCACUGCUUUCUGGACAUUGUACGAGCGCUCAAGCAGCUGGAGCUCACCGCCGGGAUCGUCGAUGACGUUGCGAGCUGCUUGAUUGCAAUGUUCAACAGCGGCCUUGACGCGGUGCUUCAAGCCAGUCUUCUCCAACAGGUGCCCGCCACCACGAUACGACUCGCGCUGGACCUUCUCGACGCGCUCUUGCCGCCCCAGACGUCGGUGCCGGCGCCAGCGCCCGUCGAUGAGUUUGAUGACCCCGAAGAGCUUGCGCUCUUGGCGGCUCUGGACAUGGACGCAUUGCUCUCGACCAAUGGUUCGCCGUCGACGAUGCCAGCCAUGACGUUUGUGUCCUUGGUGACAACCCAUGUUGGCGAUCACGUCGUCAAGCAGCUGCGACCGUCGCUGCAAAAGCUCGUGCUCCAUGCGCCGCAGACACCAAACGCAAUAGCGAUCCUCGGUGGUGUCCUCUCGCUCGCGCCGGGGACGAGCUGGGACCUUUUGCUGGCGUCGACGACCGCUGCGUCACUGCGCCUCGUGUUUCCAAGAACGUUCUCGUACGCGCUGCGUCGCGCGACCGACAAGGUAGCCUUCGUGGCCGCCUUUGCGCAGACGCACCGGCGCGAGUCGCUGUUUCUCGAGGCGUGGCUGCUUUGUCUCAUGGACGCGACGACGUCGGACGAGGUCAUGACCGACAUGACGCGCGCGUUGGCGCCACAGACGCCGCUUCUGCACCACGUGGAAGCCACUCAUCGCACUUCUGUAUGGCGGGCGUUUGCCAAGAACAUUGCAACCAUGUACACACCGCACCCGCACCUUCUCCGGUCGGUGGUGGCCGAUGUCUCGAAAGGCUGGCUCGGCGCGGUCCUGGACGGUGCGGCGGCCAGUCUCCUCGAGCUCUGUCUCGACCGCCCGCAGUGGGCAGCGCUGCACGCUUUUCAAGACUCGGUCCUGCCGUACACGAUCUAUGACGCCCGCGUGCUAUCAGCCGUCGAGCGCGGGUCCUCGGCGACCGAGCGGGUCGUGCGGUACGUUGCCCGUCUCUACGACGGCGUUGGCGCGCUCCUCGAAGGCUGCGGACACUUGGCGCGGGGCAAGAGCCUCGUGUUUCACGUCUGGCUGCGCGAACUCUUUCCCAGCGCGAGCUACGCGACGCACUCGACGGCCGCCGAGAGCCUUCUGCACGGUCAAGUGGCGUCAAUUUUCCGAGACAAGCCGGGGCCGCCCACGUCUUGGUUUGGAUCCAAGCUGCCCAAGCCGUGGAUCCAAGUCGUCGACGUCGCAAGAACAUUCUUGGCCGUCCAGCACUACCCGACGCUCCUCGACUGGUUCGCCCAGACGGCGUCCGUGUACCGACUGUACGAAGGCGGGUUCGCCUCAUCGCCCUUGCGUACUCUAUUGUACAACCUCGUCGACCCCGACGGACCGUUGGGCCUCGCGUCGUUUUACCCGAUCGAGUCGAAGACUGCUUUGCCAAGCUACAAGCGCGAAGCCGACUACUUUGCGCGCGGCCUCUUUCGGCAAGCGCCGGCGCUGCGACGGCUCGUACUGGAGGCCUUUGCCCACGAGAUUGUGUCGACCCGCCUCCAUGCGCUCGUUGGGUCGGAGGACUGGAUUCCGCUCUUGCAACUGCUUUGGACCUGCAGUUCCGAGGCAACGACGCUUGGGACAGCGCGCGAAUUCACGUGCAGCUUGCAGCUUUGCGUCGAGCACCUCGUGUCGCACUUGAUGUGGCCGGACGCGCCCGUCUUCUCACCCCUCACGUACGUAAUUCGUGGCCCCUGGCUCCAACUAAGAUCUCAUGAUAGGUCGGUGCUGCAUCGCCAGCUCUUCGGGUUUGCGCUCAACUGCAUGGCCCUUCCGCGGGAUGAGACGCUGCCCGAUACGUUCGACCUGAGUUUGCACAUGCUCGUGCUACGGGGUGUGCAACUGCACGGUGCGCUGCAGACGCCGCCGAUGCCGCCGUCGGCUCAGACCACAGCGACCUUUGAGCGUCUCCAGACGCAGCUGACGCGAGACCACGGGUUUCGGUUCCGGUCGUCGCCGCCCGUGCUAGGGUCGAGCGCCGGCAGUGGCAUCAAUUCGUUCCGCGCGCAAGGCGAUCUCCUUGUCGGUGUCGACGCGCUCCUCGCGGCGGCCAAGCGCUCGUCGCGGUUCGCGCACCUUGUAGUCUAG